AUGUCGCACCAGCGCAUCCACGACCAAUAUGAGAUUAGUUUAGCGUGCGGAAUUGUAACCGAAUCGUUUGGCAAAGAUCCUGGAAAGAUCUGUCGGGCGAUGCUAUACCACGGGUCACGCACUCUGAGGGAGACGGUUCAGGAAACAGGAUUAUCACCGAGUCGUAGUCAGCGUGCUCUCCUUAUCCUCGCCCAGCACAAUGUCGUUCUUGUAAUACCAGAGUCAAGAGAUGAAGACGAAUGUCAAUAUUAUACAAAACUUGGAGUGAUCUUGGAGCGGUUGAGAUAUCCCCAAUAUCUCCUAUUUGCUCAGGAGCAUUAUCGCGGAUCUCAUAACCUACUGAUCGAAUGUUUACUCGAGAACGGAAGACUUGAUGAGCAUCAACUCAUGGCAGGUAUCGCAUCUAAAACAGAAUCUGACCGAAUCGGCUUGAAGAGGGCUAUCGUGUCAUCCAGCCGCCAAGCCCUUGCACAACUUGCUGAAGAUCAACUGAUCAUUUCCGUUCCACUUUUCAUUGAGAGCAACGGGACAUCUCGGAGCAACUUUGUCACUCGCGGGCAAACGUCUGUAUCUCAAAACUCUGUCCCAUCUCAAACAGUAAAGAAAAUAGAUGACGCGGGCAGAAAGACUGAGGAUGAUAUCAAAGAAGGAAAGCAAAACAAUUUAUGGCUCAUCAAUUGCGAUGAAUUCACUUUUCGGCUUCGCCGGGAUGCCUGCGCUGCAGUUUUCCGAGAGAAGGUUGGGGAACCUGCAAGACAUCUCCUACUAGAAGAAGUUGAAUUCAACAACGAAGCGUUUUUGUUGAGUAAUAAGAUAGACACUCCGCGGAAAAGUGUCCACGGUUCUUCAUUUCGUGAUUACUCUGGUUUGGUGCAGACGCUGCCAAACCUGAAAUACAGCACAUGCCAAUCGUGUAUCAACAAUAAUGAAGCACAUUUUCACAACAUCAAAUUGAAACAUGUCAUGAGUCUCGUCCGCUCAAAAGAGAUCGAAGCGGUGGUGCGUGAGCGCUUCGGAGGUCCGGCUUGUCGAAUAUUUAGACUUUUGCUCAUGAAGCGAAAUUUGGAGCAAAAACAGAUAGCUGAGAUGGCGAUGAUACCCGUGAAGGACACGCGUGAAUUACUUUAUAAGCUUCUUAAAGCCAAGUAUGUUCAAAUACAGGAAGUUGCUCGCACAUCAGAUCAUGCACCGUCCCGGACAUUUUAUCUUUGGCGUGUUGAUCUUCCAUAUGUCGAAGAACAAGUCGGGCGCGAGAUACACCAUGCAACCUUUAAUGUAAGGGCACGCUUAAUGUUUGAGAUGUCUCGAGAACAGGAGACUUUGCUUCUUCUUGGAAAAGCACAGCACACGAAUGAUUUCCCGUUAACAAUGAAACAGCGCGAUAGCCUCAUACGCAUGAAAACCGUGGCAGCGAGGCUUGAAUGUUCGAUGAUGCGCUUAAAUGAACUGGGACUAUUUUUCAACACACGUGCUGAUGAAUAA